GCGAGAUCUUGCUUUGCCUUCUUAUUUUCAGCUCACUAGCUAAUGGGUGUUAAGAAUUUAUGGGAUAUCCUUGCACCCGUAGCUCGCCCUGUACAGCUUGAUUCUCUAAGACAGCGAAAACUAGCCAUUGACGCGAGCAUUUGGUUAUAUCACUUUUUAAAGGCCGUUAGAGACAAAGAAGGCAAUGCCCUCAAGAAUGCCCACAUAGUUGGCUUCUUUAGAAGGAUAUGUAAACUUCUAUAUUACAACAUUAGACCAGUAUUUGUAUUUGAUGGAGGUGCCCCGGCUUUGAAGAGACUUACAAUCGAAAGGAGCGACGGCAACGUAGAUCAGAGAGAACAAAAGAUCUUAAGAAAACUGCAGAAAAGAUACUUGAAACCCAGUUGAAGGUUCAAGCCAUACGUGAACAUGAGAAACGUGCUAGUACUGCAAUUGCAAGCAACGACGUGAAGGAUGUCAUGGCUGGAAAUUUUACCUACCUAGACGAGCUUCAAGCUGCAGCUGUUAAGAGUCGGAGGUUUCGCAAAGAUCCAUAUGAACUCCCAGCCGAUAGUGGCGAAAUCAAGUAAUGACUAGCAUCUCCUGUUUACGCAAUAUGAGGAGAGCAUGGUAUUGACCAAGGUAUCAUCAAAUUUUAUUAGGAAAGCCAAAGAGAAA